AUGGUCGCUUCGCCUGUUCCUUCUUUAUAUUCAGGUUCUAGAGCGGCGCCCACCUUCGAAUUCCCGGCCAUGAAUAAAGAUCUCGAAUCCUCGAGCGCGGAGGAACUCAAACCUCCGGUGCAACAAAAUGGAAAAAUAUCUGACUAUGAAAAAGGCCUCGUGGGCUGGGACUCUGAGGAAGAUCCCCACAAUCCACAGAACUUUCCAGAUAAGCGCAAAUGGAUGAUAUUGGGAAUGGUUAGCGUUAUCACAUUUUUGAGUCCAUUGGCUUCCUCCAUUCCUGCCCCUGGUACAUCGUUGAUGGAUUCCGAAUUUGGCGUGACUUCGACCAUUCUUGCCUCAUUUUCUGUUAGCGUGUUCGUCCUUGGAUUCACAGUCGGUCCAUUAAUUUUGUCCCCACUGAGCGAGAUCUAUGGACGUCAACCAGUCUUGAACGUCAUGGACGUCUUCUUCACGUUAUGGCAAAUUGGGUGUGCCUUAGCACCCAAUAUUGCUAGUUUGAUCGUCUUCCGAUUCCUAGCUGGAGUCGGAGGCUCAGCAUGCCUGAGUGUGGGCGGCGGUGUCAUUGCCGAUCUAUUCCCCAUCCACCAGCGUGGAAAAGCAAACGCGAUGUUCACAAUCGGGCCACUCAUUGGCCCGGAAACAAACCCUUCUGUGCUGAUCCAUCGGAAAAUGAAGGCUCUACGCAAGGAGCCUGGUCAGGAACAUUUCCAAAGUCUUUAUCCUGCUAAAACGCCAGCACUUGUGGUACAAACCAUCAUGCGACCGCUGAGGAUUAUGUCUUCUCCGAUAUUAUUCCUACUCGCCCUGUACAUGUCCUUCGUUUUUGGUCUACUUUAUCUCAUUUUCACGACCACAACCACGCUAUUUACGGGCAGCUACGGCUGGUCACUUGAGCUGACUGGGCUCGCCUACCUGGGAAUAGGAAUUGGAUUUUGCGCCGGAAACUUUACCGUGGCGAAAAUCUCGGAUCCCACCGUGGUUCGUUUAACGAAAGCAAAUAAUGGGGUUUAUCACCCCGAAAUGCGGCUUGCGCCCUGCCUCUUCUUCGCUCCGUUUAUCCCCAUCAGCUUCUUCUGGUAUGGAUGGACUGCAGACGAGCAUGUGCAUUGGAUUGUUCCUAUCAUUGGCUUGCUUCCCUUUGGGUUCGGGGGAGUUGGCAUAUUUGCAUCAAUUCAGACAUACUUCAUUGAUGCGUCUGGGGCAUACGCUGCAUCUGCUGUCGCUGGGCUGACGGCAAUGAGGUGCUUGUUUGGUGCAUUCCUGCCUCUUGCGGGCCCUAGUAUGUAUUCAGCUUUGGGGCUUGGGUGGGGAAACUCUCUGCUAGGGUUCAUUGCUCUGGGCCUGAUGCCGGGGCCCUUUUUGAUCUAUAAAUUCGGUACCGCACUUAGAGAAAGAUAUCCAAUCCAGAUUACCUAG